AUGUUUUGGUCGCGAGAAGAUGUGGAAGCAUUAGAAGAAAGGAUAAUGUCAUUGAAGUUGGAACUGGAGGCGGCGACUUCAUUAGCGUAUAGUGAGGCUCUCAUUUCCUUGGACAUUUCCCGAGGCAAAGAAACACCCAACAACCUUCACUCAUUGGAUGAAAGACCAAAGAGGAAUGAAAGGUCCCCCGAGCCUAGCAUUGUUACACUUUUCGGCAAAGACGUUGCUAGAGUACAGAAUGCAGUGGCAGUUGAGGAGGUUGACAAAGUCUACUCGGAAGACACAGUAUCUACAGAUCACGAGACGACCAUCCAAGACUUCCUGGUGGAAGCUAUCAAGUUUUCUUCUAUGACGGAUCGAGAGGAGAGUGUCACUGUCGCCCAUAGCAAAACGUUUGAGUGGAUAUUCGCCGAUAAACCGAACCCGGUCUUCCAGCGGUGGCAAUCGAAGAAUUCUCUCAGUGGCUGGUUACAAAGUGGAGAGCACCAGGAAGGUAUAUACUGGAUUAGCGGCAAAGCAGGAUCCGGAAAGUCUACCUUGAUGCGUUUUGUGAUGCACCACGCCCAAAAAAUGAGUUUGCUUCGCUCAUGGGCGCGGAAUGAGCGACUCAUCACCGCUGGCUUUUAUUUUUGGAUUAGUGGUACCUUGGAGCAGAGGACUCAGACGGGCUUGAUACGGCAUCUUCUAGCACAACUACUGGACCAGCAAAGAUAUCUCAUCCCACUGGUCUUUCCGUACACGAGAACAGUGAAAGCUUCGAUCUCAUGGGACCUUCCUGAGCUGACAGCAGCACUGAACUCAUUUCUGGACUACGCAGGUCGCGGAGGUAAGGUGUGUUUGUUCAUUGAUGGACUAGACGAAUUCGCAGGCGACCAUCAGCAAAUCGUGGAAUUUUUCAAGGACUGCGUUGCUUCAUAUUCUCACGUCAAAAUCUGUCUAUCCAGUCGGCCCCUUUUCACUUUUCGUGCGGCUUUUGGAACGAAUCCAAACCUUGAGCUCCACGAACUGACCCGAAGAGAUAUGCUUCACUUUGCCCAGGAUCAUUUAAACGGGGACCCCUUGAUUAUCCAAGUCCUCACGAAAGAUGAAGAGGCAGCAUCAAAACUCAUCAAGAGCAUUGUUACAGCCGCAGAUGGCGUUUUUCUCUGGGUGUUGCUUGUGGUCCAAUCUCUACUGCGCCGUGGAAACUAUCAAGAUGUUUGGCAAAUGCAUGAAUACCUGGGCCAGCAUCCCACCGACUUGGAUGACCUAUUUACGUAUUUUCUUUUCGACUCUGCAUCGAACAACCAAACGUUGAUUGCUUCACGCCUGUUUCAGCUCAUUCAUGCCAGACAAGAAGCUUGUUAUGCUACUCGACACGAAGAUGCGGCAUCCAUGAGCCUCUGGGAAUUUGCUCUUGCCGACCAAUUUGAGGAGAUCGUGGGUCAAAUCCCAAAAGACGUGCAACAGGCGAGCGAAAAGGACAUCAUUCGUAUAUGUGAAGUGACCAAGACCCGGCUGUCCAGAGAGUGCGCCGGGUUGAUAGUGACUCAUAGCUCAGGCUUAUCAACAGGCAUGCUUCGGCGCAAUACACCAUCGCCGGCAGAGCAGCUAGGCUAUAGUAAGGUCUCUUAUGUGCAUCGAACCGUGAAGGAUUUCCUCUCCCUGCCUCAUGUUCGAUCCCGUCUCUUGGAGCACAUGGUAGGAUCAAGUUUUGAACCGCACACAUCGCUUCUCACCUCUAUUGUUUUCCAAGUCAGGUGGCCACUAGACGAGUUUCAUCCCAACCGACAGAUAGAUGACCGGUGGCCCAACAUAAUCCUCGCAUUCACUCAUGCACGAUUGUCUCUGAAUCAUCGACAGUCACAGCUGGUGCUUAUUGCCGAGUUGGAUCGAGCCCUGUGUCAGCAUUGGGUGUCCCGCCAGUCGAUCGAACAUGAUCAUUGGGCACGGAACCAUUUUUCGUCAUAUGAGAAACGAAAGAAUCUUAGCUUUCGUGAUCCAUUUCUCUCACUCUCUGCAAGUUCGGCCUAG